AAUCUGUUGGUGAGAGGUGAGAAAAAUCAAGCCUCAGACCAAGGAGUUUGCCAUCCUCAGUCCAGUCCCUUCAGAACCUAAGUACAAGGAUUAAAAGAAACCUUGACUGGCUAUAGGUAGGGCUGAUGCCUCCCCCUAGGAGCACCUUGGGCCUUUUCCUACUGCUUACCUUGGGCUCUAAACUACAGUAGACUCCUCUGCUCACUUGAUCUUUUCUCCUUAGUUUCGACAUUUUCCCCAGCCUAAAACUGUACCCCCUUCAGCAAGCUCCCCUUCAAACACCGCCUGCGUUGGCCACCAACUCUCCUACUAUGCCAGGGACUUGCUGGCCUGGACAAAACAGUACGCUCCUUACUAGCUACUCCAUAUACACGGGCCUGCCUUAUUAGUAGAUUUGCAUCUUCCCUGUGGGUCUUAUAUCUACCCAUGAAGACCUUAGUUCAGAACCCAAGUGACACCACUGUGAUUUCAUUUCCAGUGACUGACAUCCAUAAGAAUGAUUCUUAAACGCCUGAACCUCAGUCCACACUGUAGUCAGUCACAGCCUCUCUGGCAGGCGUGGUGCUCUGAGCACCUCCACCUACCUUCCCUGACAUUUGUCUCCGACUUAUGUGAACCUUCCAACGGGAGCUUUAUCACUGCUCCGGAUACCCUGGUAUCGGCAUUGUCUCUGCUCCCUUCCGGAGGUCGAUCCCUGAGACUAGACUCCAGUCGCACAGGUUCCGGCUCCCUGCUGGUACUGCGCAGGGUCGGUCCAGCCCUUCCGGAUGCCGAUCCCGGAGACCAGACUCGAGUCGCUCAGGUUCCGGCUCCCUGCAACCCUAGGGCCUCCAGCAGCCGAGCUGGAGAAAGGUUCUUUGCGCACGCGCAGCGGCGCGAAUUUCAGUGGGACCGGAAGUGCGGCUGGGUUUGGGUUCGGGGUCUGACAGGAGCAACUCGCGCUCCGCGGCUGGAGCUGGCUGCGAGAGCAGGGUCCCGCGUCGCCCUCCCGCCAUGGGCCUCCUGUCGGACCCCGUGCGCCGGCGCGCGCUGGCCCGUCUCGUGCUGCGCCUCAACGCGCCGCUCUGCGUGCUGAGCUACGUGGCGGGCAUCGCCUGGUUCUUGGCUCUGGCCUUCCCGCCGUUGACCCAGCGUACUUACAUGUCGGAGAACGCCAUGGGAUCCACCAUGGUGGAGGAGCAGUUUGUGGGCGGAGACCGUGCCCGGGGCUUUGCCCGCGAUUUCGCUGCCCACCGCAGGAAGUCGGGGGCUCUGCCAGUGGCCUGGCUGCAGCGGACGAUGCGUACAGUAGGGCUGGAGGUCUACACGCAGAGUUUCUCUCGGAAACUGCCCUUCCCGGAUGAGACCCACGAGCGCUAUAUGGUAUCAGGCACCAACGUGUAUGGCAUCCUGCGGGCCCCACGUGCUGCCAGCACCGAGUCUCUGGUGCUCACUGUACCCUGUAACUCUGACUCCACCAAUAGCCAGGCUGUUGGACUGCUGCUAGCACUUGCUGCCCAUUUCCGAGGGCAGAUUUACUGGGCCAAAGAUAUCAUCUUUCUGGUGACAGAACAUGAUCUUCUGGGCACUGAGGCUUGGCUUGAAGCCUACCACGACGUUAAUAUAACUGGCAUGCAGUCAUCCCCGUUGCAGGGCCGGGCUGGAGCCAUUCAGGCAGCUGUGGCCCUGGAGUUGAGCAGUGAUGUGGUUACCAGCCUUGAUGUGACUGUGGAGGGUCUCAAUGGACAGCUGCCCAACCUUGACCUGCUCAACCUUUUCCAGACCUUCUGCCAGAAAGGGGGGCUGCUAUGCACACUUCAGGGCAAGCUUCAGCUCCAGGAUUGGACAACGCUGGAUGGGCCAUUGCAGGGCCUGCAGACACUGCUGCUGAUGGUUCUGCGGCAGGCCUCUGGCCGCCCCCAUGGCCCUCAUGGCCUCUUUCUGCGGUACCGGGUAGAGGCCCUGACCCUUCGGGGCAUCAAUAGCUUCCGGCAGUACAAGUAUGACUUGGUGGCUGUUGGCAAGGCUCUGGAGGGCAUGUUCCGAAAGCUCAACCACCUGUUGGAGCGCCUACACCAGUCAUUCUUCUUCUACCUGCUUCCUGCUCUAUCUCGCUUUGUCUCCAUUGGUCUCUACAUGCCUGCUGCUGGCUUCUUGCUCCUGGUCCUUGGUCUCAAGGCUCUGGAGCUGUGGAUGCAGCUGCAUGAAGCUGGAGUGGGCUCUGAAGAGGCUGGAGGUGCUCCUGGACCAAGUACCCAAUUUCCCCCAGCACAGGGUGUGGGGCUGGCCUCGCUUGUAGCACCCCUGCUGAUCUCUCAGGCCAUGGGCCUGGCCCUCUACAUCCUGCCUGUGUUGGGUCAACAUGUGGCCGCCCAACACUUCCCAGUGGCUGAGGCUGAGGCCGUGGUGCUGACACUGCUGGCAAUUUAUGCAGCUGGCCUGGCUCUUCCUCACAACACCCACCGGGUAAUGAGCACACAGGCCUCAGACAGGGGAUGGAUGGCACUGAAACUGGUGGCUCUGAUCUACCUAGCACUACAGCUAGGUUGCAUCACCCUCACCAACUUCUCCCUGGGUUUCCUGCUAGCUGCCACCAUGGUACCUGCUGCUGCACUUACCAGACCCUAUGGGCCUCGGCCACUCUAUGCUGCCCUACUGGUGCUGACAAGCCCAGCAGCCAUGCUCCUGGGCAGCCUGUUCCUGUGGCGGGAGCUACAGGAGGCACCGCUGUCACUUGCUGAGGGGUGGCAGCUUUUCCUCGUGGCACUGGCCCAGGGCGUGCUGGAGCACCACACCUAUGGUGCCUUGCUCUUCCCACUGCUCUCCUUGGGCCUGUACCCUUGUUGGCUGCUCUUCUGGAAUGUGCUCUUCUGGAAGUGAGGUCUGCUACCUGGGCACAAAGGCUGGGGCAGGGCUCUCCAAGCCCUCACCAUUUUUCCUCCUCCCUGGGAAAUAAACAAGUGUCUGUUUCA